AUGACCGAGGCGGCGCUGGUGGAGGGCCAGGUCAAGCUGCGGGACGGCAAGAAGUGGAAGAGUAGGUGGCUGCUGCUGCGCAAGCCGUCGCCCGUGGCAGACUGCCUGCUCAUGCUGGUCUACAAGGACAAGGCAGAGCGCGCGCGGGGCCUGCCGGAGCGGGCCAGCGUGGCCCUGGAGCACAUCUGUGGUCUGGAGCCCGGCCUGCCCUAUGAGGGUCUGGCCCACACGCUGGCCAUCGUCUGCCUGUCCCAGGCCAUCAUGCUGGGCUUUGACAGCCGGGAGGCCAUGUGCGCCUGGGACGCCCGCAUCCGCUACGCACUGGGCGAGGUACACAGGUUCCACGUGACGGUGGCUCCGGGCACCAAGCUGGACAGUGGCCCAGCCAGCCUGCACCUGUGCAAUGAUGCCCUCGCGCUGGCCAGGGACAUCCCCCCGGCCGUCACGGGCCAGUGGAAGCUGUCGGACCUGCGGCGCUAUGGUGCCGUGCCCGGCGGCUUCAUCUUCGAAGGCGGGACCAGGUGUGGCUACUGGGCCGGAGUUUUCUUCCUGUCCUCGGCGGAAGGGGAGCAGAUCAGCUUUCUCUUCGAUUGCAUUGUCCGUGGCAUCUCCCCUACCAAGGGCCCCUUCGGGCUGCGGCCAGUCCUGCCAGACCCCAGCCCAGGGGGGCCCUUGCCGAUGGCGGAGCGGGGGGCCCAGGAGGCCCUGCAGCUGGAGAAACGGCUCAGCUUGCUGUCACAGUCGGGGCGCCCGGGAAGCGGAGGGGACGACCGGAGCCUGUCCAGUUCCUCCUCAGAGGCCAGUCACUCGGACAUCAGCGGCAGCAGCCGGCUCAGCACGUGGCCGGAGCAGUCCUCGUCCUCGGCCGGCACGUCGCAGGAGGGCUCGGGACCGGCGGGCGCCCAGGCCCCCGGGGACGCCUCGGCCCCCGGCGCCUCGAGGCCUGCGCCCAGGCCGCUGCGGCCGCGGCCACUGCAGGAGGUCGGCCGCCAGAGCUCCUCGGAUAGCGGCAUCGCCACGGGCAGCCGCUCCUCCUACUGCGGCAGCGUCUCGUCCUGCGCCGGCAGCAGCCUGGCCGACGAGCUGGGCUCGCUGCUCAGCCUGCAGCCCGCCGCCGGGGCGCCCGAGCCCGGCCGCUGCUGCUGCCCGCCCGGGGCGGCCGAGUACCAGGUGCCCGCGGCGCUGCGGCCGCACUACGACACGCCCCGCAGCCUGCGCCACGGGCCCAGGGACCAGAGCUGCGCCCCCGUGCCGGGCGGGGCUGACGACGGCGCGGCCACCGCCACGGCCACGGACCCGGGCGGCCAGACGUCCGCCGCGGGCCCCCCUGGCUGGCCGGGCGUGAGACGUCGGGGACAGUCGACGGCGGAGGCGGCUGUGGGCAGCGGGGCAGAGCCGCCAGGUGCCGCCCCUGGAGAGCCCUGGGCGGCAGGCGGGUCCCCUCCAGCUUUCUUUGCGGCGUGUCCAGUCUGUGGAGGCCUCAAGGUAAAGUCCCCCCGCUGAGAGCCACGGACAGGGCCCCGCAGAGAGGGUGUCCCGCCUGGAGAAGCCACAGGAUUGGGCGACCCUAGGGGUACCCUCCUCAAGGAGAGGGGCGAAGCCUUGGGCAGGGCAGGCUGGGGGUCAGUCUGCCCUUCGUGUCCCACCCACAGGGGCGGCUGCUGGCCGGCCCGCUGUGCCUGGUCCUGGCUUCUGUCGGCCACCAGGACCCCUCCCCUGCAGCGG